UUCCUAUGUCGUUGGGUCAAGGUAUUGUGGCUUUAAAUCUGCAGCCGAACAGAAUUGCAGGAACCGCUGGAUACAAACCGAGAGUUUAUGUAAUAUGAAGAAAGAAGAUCGUAAACUAUCGGAUAUUUUUAACUAUGGAGAUACAUGGAAUGAAAUCUUUUUUUAAUUUAAUACUUUUCGCUGUGUGUUUAUUUAUUUUGCUCAGUGCUGUUGGAAUUUUGAGCUCGUAUAACAGUAAAAAUAAAAUGGCGGAGAGUACGAAUGAUGCCGAAUUCCGAAACAAAAGAGACUUAGAAAACUAUACAAAUAUCCAGAACUCCAUAAAUUCAGUGAAAAUGCCCAUAAAGGAUCAGAUUGUGAAAUUGGCGGUUCCACAGGAGAUAAAAAAUAUAGACAAAAACAAUAUUCUAGUAAAACAGAACGAAACAAACAUUGUCCGGAAUCUCAACAGUGACUUACACGAAAACAGGAUAACUGGGAAAGUAAGGAAGGCUAAAGUUAAUUCUCACACCAACAAUGUACAAAGGAAAGAUAGAAUUCUCAAAGAUGUCAGAAAGGAUUUGCAUGCACCAACAAGGCUGAAACCGCAUGGACAUACAUCCUUUCGAGUGAAAUCCAGUGCUAUGCAAUCAGACUUAAAACCAAGACCAAAUGUUAAUGAUACUGCUGUGAAAUAUGCCAAAAAUGUUUUGACUGUGAAUAAAUCUCGAGUGCCUUUAACACCAGUGAAAAAUAAUAUAACAGCGACAGAAACAGAUAGAAGUCUCAUUUCACAAUUGAAACGCAAAUCGCAAAAUCAUAAUGGUGGUCGUAAAAGGAUUCGAACAAAAGAAAUGGUCGGUAUAAAUAGUGAAAAAGCACAAAUACCUUUCCAUAGAAAGAACAAGAAAAGAUUGGCUGUUACCACGCUCAGAUACAGGGACAAAAAGAUUAGUAAUAAUUCAUAUAAUAGCCAUAGAUCGACUAAUAGUAUAUCGAAGUUCAUUGAAAAUAAAAUAGUGACAAAAAGUGAUAUAAGUGAUAGUUCAACUGUUACUCUACCUACUACAUCAAUAAUAGGUCACCAAUCAUCAUCUUCAUAAUAUAUCAAACGUAAACUUGAUAUAUUAAAGUCCCGCAUAUAAUAUGAAUUCAAAAUUCGCUCGUGAUUAAAUCAUGCAUAAAGUUUUUUUUCUC